AUGAAGUUCACUAUUGUCCUGGCGACGUUGUUCGGAGGCCUUGCGGCUGCGUCUCCUACUCCCGCGAAACAGCGCGAAGGAAAGGCUUCGGCGGAUAAGACAGCAUCUUUCAAUGACAAAGCAACUUUAGGCUAUGCUACCCUUAAUGGCGGUACCUCCGGCGGUGCCGGUGGCCCAGUCGUUCGCGUCUCUACCCUUGAUGACUUCGCCGCUGCCGUCAGUGAGAAGGACAACUCGCCCAAGAUCGUCGUUGUCGAGGGUCUCAUCAAGGGUAGUGCCAACGUUCGCAUUGGUAGCAACAAGUCCAUUAUCGGCCUUCCAGGCGCUGGUUUCGAGGGAAUCGGCCUGUAUGCUCGCCGCCAGCAUAACAUCAUUCUGCGAAACAUCAAAUCCAGCAAGGUCCCCGCCACCAAUGGCGACGGUUUCAGAAUUGACGAAACCACCAACGUUUGGGUGGACCACUGCGAGUUCAGCUCCUCUCUUGACCAGGACAAGGACUUUUAUGACGGCCUCGUCGAUGCUUCUCACGGUUCUGACUACAUUACCGUUUCUUACACUCAUUUCCACGACCACUGGAAGACUUCUUUGAUUGGCCACAGCGAUACCAAUGGGGCUCAGGACAAGGACCACCUUCACAUCACCUACGCCAACAACUACUGGGCUGAUUUCGGAUCCCGAGGCCCAUCCGUUCGCUUCGGUACUGCCCACAUCUACAACUCUUACUACCUGAACGGACAUACUUCUGGUAUCAACACCCGCGAAGGUGCGCAGGUUCUCGUUCAGAGCAACGCGUUCAAGAACGUCCUCCUUCCUAUCACCACCCAGGACUCUAAGAUCAAGGGCUUCGCCAAUGCCAUUGACAAUGACCUUGGUGGUGCCGAAAACUCUGCCCCGGUUGGCAGCCUGGACGCUGACUCCCCCCCUUACCCUUACACCCUUCUUGGCUCUGCCAAGGUCGAAUCCACUGUCCCUGGACAGGCUGGCCAAAAGCUUACAUUCUAA